CUCCUCCUUGCUUGAAAAGUCUACAGGAUUAUGCGUGGUGCCAAAGAUCAUCUUUGCAUAAACUCCCUGCGCCCUCCUAAGGGCGUUGACUUUCAGCUAUUUAGUAGGCCGGCCCUGGUUUCCAGUUCAUGGAUAGCAAGUGCCGUGAGGGCUUCGUUUCGGGUUCAAGAAAGCGGGCACUCCCACAGAUCCACCAGCAGAAGACUAGCCUGCCUGUCCGGGCAUUCACGGUUUCUAGAUACGGAUUUACAGCAUCAAUACAGCAGAGAAGUGAUGUCGAUAAGAGAGCACCCCGACGAGGCCAUUACUCGAGCCAGCGUAGAGCUUUACAAAGCAAGCCUAUAAGAGAAAAGAAGUCGAAUGCAAGUAGACCGAGAGAACCGACGCCUUCACGUCCUUUACCAGGAGGCUGUGCACGACCGCAACGAGAUCGCCAGCAAAUGCCAAAGCCUAUACCGCGAGCUAGGAGAUGCCUAUACGGAGAUUCUCUCUCACUACGCCUUGUCUGAGAAUUCGGAUCAAGCAUCGAUGACCGUGAAGGAUGGGACGCGGAUGACACAACUUGAACGAGAAAACGACAAGUUGCAACGACAGAACAGUGAGCUCCAGCGGGCAUUGGGAAUGGCGGGCGAUAUGAUCCGCGCUGUGAGAAUCCAGGAUCCAGCUUCAGAGACACAUGGU